AUGCCUAGGAAGAGCGGCUGUAUUGCGGUCACUCCGCGUAUAUUCGGGGCUCGUUUGACGCACGGCGGUGUCGGGAUUUCCCAGGACGUGAGUCAGCGGCGAUUAGCGCGGGACGACACCUGCCCGCACCGCGUCCUCGAGAAUACAGAAGUACGGUGGAGGCGGGUCUCGCCGGGA